CCUCGCACCUCGACCUCCACACAUUUCAUCCGCUGACACAGGGUUCCUCUGCGUCGUUUUUGCAAUUGCCCGCGUCGCCAUCCCGUCCACUCGGCCGACGGCAUUUUGUGUCCUCCUUUCCCACUUACUCGCCUUGACCACCCACACCAACCCGCCGUAGCCUCGAUACAUCAUCACCAUCCGUCGCCAUUACCACUACAUUAAGCGCUGACCGGCUCGGCUUAUCCCAUCACCGCCCGCGACUCUAUCUUCCACCCAAUCGCGUACGACUGGCGCCCGUCACCGAUAGACCGCACACUCUGCCCCUACCUACCUGUCCACCGACGGACCAACCGAUCCAUCCAUCCGCCAACAGGCACCUCGUCCAAACAAGCAAACAACCUUGUUGCAGCUGGCUUUCACGCCCGCCCGCCAAUUGCGAACCCAUUAGAUAUAUACACAGGCUAUGGAUACGAGUUGAUCCAUCGACCACAACGCCCGCCUCCCCACGACCGAGCUCCUAGAUACAUUUUGGUACACUAGACCGCUCUUGACGACAAGAUGACGGUGAUUGAGACGGAGCCAGAAAAGGCUCACGAGCCAAGGGCCGAGCUGCCCAAGGCAGACGAGACGAGACCCAGCCAUGAUACUACCACCACCACCGCCCCGAAGCCAUCCGACGAAAUAAUACAUAAUACUCAUCAACAUCCUACCCAUACACCGACAGACGAACCGACUGUUGCCGCUGCACUGAAGCCCGUCCCCCCGAUACCACCACCAGCAGUUGCUGCUACUCCUGCUGCAUCCGACGCACAUACAGAGCACAAGUCGCCUAUUCCUGUUCCUGCUGCUGUUGCCUCUACCCCCAAGGAGACACCAGACCAUAUCGACACCUCCAACGGACACACACCGGCCGUUCUCCCUACUCAACACCACCACACCGCGACACACACAACAACAGACCCUACAUCGACGACUGAGGCAAACGAUACGAAAUCCAAUGUGCCAACUGACAGCUUUCCACAGACAGCAGCAACAACUGCAACAGAACCCGUCCACAGCAGCGGCACACAUACCUCAGUAGAAACCUCCACCGCCGACGAAAGCCAUGCCACCUCUACCCCCCUCACCUCCAACCCCGAGACGACGACCGUCCCGCUUACCGCAGAGUCGAUAGCCCAGAUCGCCCCAGCCAAUGCCGGUCGACCAACCUCUCUGCUCUCUUAUCCACUGACGCAUCCCAAUGGUGCGUCCAUGUUCCCGACCCUGACUCAGGCGGAACAGGAAGACUUGGCUCGAGAAGCCUUAGACCAGGCCCAGGUCAACAUUAUUGCCGAGAGCUUUCAUUAUCAGGGACAUGAUGAAAACGGUUCUGAUGGCGGGUAUGAGAGUGACGGCAACUCAUCCGCCAGUACAUCGGCCGAGUCGUCGGUUCGAGAUUACCUCUACGAAAAUGGCCGCCGAUAUCACAGCUUCCGCGAGGGCAUUUACAACUUCCCCAAUGACGACGUCGAGCAGGAGCGUGAGGAUAUGAAGCACGCCAUGCUGAAGCUGCUCUGUAGUCAGAAAUUACACUUUUCGCCGAUUGGCGAGAAUCCGCAGCAGAUUCUUGACAUGGGCACCGGUACUGGUAUCUGGGCCAUUGAGAUGGGAGACCAAUACCCCAGUGCUCAGGUACUUGGUGUCGACUUGUCGCCCAUUCAGCCAGACUGGCUGCCGCCAAAUGUCAAGUUUUUGGUCGACGAUAUUGAGUCGCCAUGGCUAUACCCGCGCAACCACUUUGAUUUUAUUCACUCACGACACACGGUCAUGGCUUUUAAGAAUUGGGAAAAAUUAUUUAGAAGAUCACUCGAACACUUGAAGCCUGGCGGUUGGAUUGAGCUGCAGGAGAUUCACCACAGCCCCCGCAGCGCUGGAGGAGACGGCAACGUACCGCCAGACCACCCGAUUGCGCGCUUCUGGUCGAUGGUGUCUUUGGGCCUGGCCGAGCUGGGCAUCAAUCUCAACAUUGCGGCAGACGGCCAAUUGGCGUCGGCGAUGCAGUCGGCGGGCUUUGUGAAUGUGACGGAGCGCGUGCUGCAUGUGCCAAUUGGUACCUGGCCGAAGAACAAGGUGCUCAAGACGGUUGGGCUGUACUGGCGCACGAUUCUGCUGGAUGGGCUGCAGGCGAUUGCGCUGGGCCCGCUGACGCGCGGGCUGCGGUGGAAGCGGGAGGAGGUGGAGGUGUUUCUGACAGAGGUGCGCAGGGCAUAUCAUGAUAACGUUGCGCUCAUGUAUAUGCCGCUGCAUGUAGUCUAUGGGCAGAAGCCCGUGGACAUGUUCUAGGGGGGCAGGCAGAUAAUAUGACCAGACCAGACCAAACCAGUUCAGACAAGCAUCAGCAGCGACGGCGGUUUUUUCUCUUUUACCUACAUAGCAUAUACAUUCAUAUAUUACGUACGUGGCAACUAUGAUGACCAGCAAGAUACCAAUGAAGUUUUCAUUCCCCGUCCCAUGCUUUUUCCUUCUGAGUGUACCUACAUGGCCACGGCUAUUAAAUAGCGUCCCACUACGCCGAAGCUGUGAGCUACGAGGAGAAAAAGCGGCUCUUGGACCCUGUCGGUCGAGCAUCUCCCGUAAAUCCGGCUGGGCCUUCCUCAAUUUGUCCACAAGAUUCGGCGCGUGUGCAGCAGCACGCACUACGCACACAGUAAUUGAUUUGUCGUGUUUGUGCGGCACCCCUUGCACAACUAGCACCCGAUCAGGCUGGCUGGGCUGGGCUUGCUGGCUGGCCGGUGUGUUGUGAGUGAGUGUGUGUGUGUGUGUUGUAAAGAGCCCGGGUUCUUCGGAAAGCCCUCUUUAUUUGCAUCAUCAUCAAAUUUGUUUAGUCGGCACACACAUGCAUCCACUUGCAUACAUAUACAGUAUGCAUGCAUGCAGGCAGGCAUAUAUGCAGGCUGCUGCACCAGUAUCGACCCCCGAAGCAUGCACGCACUCGACUGCAUAUCUUUUGCCCACCUCCAGCAAAGCUAAGCUACUUACGUAGCUUGUUCCCUCCCGAGAUUCUGCUGAGCGAGACCAGCAAAAAAACGCCACCCGCAGCGCCACGGCCAACCAACCCACUGAUGCGCGCUGCGAAUAAGAAAAAGGAAAAAAUUAAAAUAUCGCCUAAGUAAACGUGGAGCACCCAACUGCCGAGACGUGGCGUAGGAGGUGUGCAGAAACGGGAAAGCUAGCGGCGACCUGUCAAAAAACGGCGGCGGCACGGCGUUUUUUCUUCAUUUCUUUUUGUGAGCAGAACCGGUGAAGGGAAUUGAAGUCGGCUGUCUCUCUAUCAAAAAGGCUACUGUGGGCUAGCUUAGCCUGGUCCUAGUUUAGUGAGCAUCACGAAAAGAAAGAGGGGAAGGAGGGGGGAGAGGUGUGCGUGAUUUGCUGCUAAUGCAGGCGUCGUCACAUCUUGUUCAUUUUCGGAGAUGCUGUUGCGUAGAUGGGCCUUUGGGGUCUUUUUUGGUCCCCGCUCUACGGACGGUUCGCUUGAAACGAACCUGCUCUGACCGUCACUUGGUUUGGUUGUGCUGAUUGAUGCUGGGCCCACGCGGGAUG